AUGUCCACUUUGAACCCAAUAUGCGUAAUAAUCAUUGUGCCGAUAUUGGAGCACUAUGUCUAUCCAUAUAUGCACAAAGCGAAACUCUCCCCUCGGCCAACCGUGAGAAUGGUGUUCGGGUUUACGCUGACAGCAGUCUCCAUGGCUCUGGCAUCCGGCGUCCAACAGGUGGUAUACAAUGCCCCACCAUGCUACAACAUGCCUUUGCAAUGUCCAGCUUCAGAGAAUGGGAAUAAACCCAACGAAGCGAGUGUGAUGUUGCAGCUUCCGAUCUAUGUCAGUGGCGCGUUGGGAGAGGUGCUCUGGUCGGUGUCUGGAUCCGACACCGCACAUGAAGUCCACCCUACAGGCUGUUACGAUGUUGACGGUGGCUAUCAGCAAUGCGCUUGGGCUUGCAGUGGCGCCUGCGGCUCAUAA